UCAAAUUCCGCGCCAAUUAUGUGACGUAAAAACUUCAAGGUUAAUUCAAGUUACGACUUGUUUAUUUUUUAUUACAAUUUUUAGAAUAAAUCUUCUACACAGUCGAAUUUUGCAAUGUUUGUGGAAGUUCAAAGACUAGGCGAAGAAGAAAUUUUAAAUAGAUUUCCCUUGGGGGCCCAUGUUUUAGGGCGCGGUCCUGCUUUACAGUGCAACGACAAGCGAGUAUCACGAAAUCACGCAACUUUGGAAGUUACACCAGAUCACGUUAAACUCACUUCUAUACAUGUCAAUCCUUGUUUUCUCAAAGCCGCAGAAAGCAAAACUCUAACCAUUCUCAAAAAAGAUACAAGCACGCAACUGAAUGAUGGUGACAGUUUUGCGUUUCUUGCUGAAGAUCACUGGUUUAAAAUCAACAUUGUCCAUGAAGAUUUAAAUGAAGAAAGGGCUGAUAAUGGUGCAAUUAAAAGUGAGGCGGUGGUCAAACGGCCACAUGAAAGUCCGGAAGAGGAAAUACCACCAGAAAAAAAGAUCAAAAUUGAAGAAGGUGAAACUAAUGAAGAAGUUCCACCAAAUCCAGAGAUUAAUAUUGGAGAAAAUGAAGAAAUAAAAAUGGAAAUAACGAGUGAAUUAGAUAUAACUGACUCAGAAAUAAAAGUCGAACCGUCAACUUCCAUUCAAGAUGAAGAAAUCUCGACUAACGUUCCUGAAAAUGAAGAACAAGGGUCUGAAGAAAUGAAGAAAGAAGAUCCAGAUGGUGAAAAUCCCGGCACUUCAAUCCCGAAACCACGGCGUGAGCGUUGCUGGUAUGCAGCCCAGUGCUACCGAAAAAACCCCGUUCACAGACAAGACUUCACCCAUCCUGGUGACUCAGACUUUGAGAGUGACCCAGAAGACAACAGACCCUUUUGCACUUACGGCGCCUCUUGUUACAGAAAAAAUAAGCAACACAGAAGAGACUUCAAACAUCCACUACAACAAGCCCCAGUGAAAAAAAAACGGUCCCGAAAGAAGGUUCAGCGUUUAAAUGUGGCCGAUAGUCAGGAAAUGCGCGAGUUGGAUUCCGAGUCUGAGGACGAUCCAUUUGUUGUUAGUGAUGAUAGCGAAGAAUAUGAGGGAGAGUCAGAUGAUGAUGACACAGAUUGGGAAGACUCGCAAAAUGCGGAUGAGGACAGCGAAAAUGUUAAGAGACUGGUCAAGGAAGCGAAAAAAUUUGUAAAUAAAUAAAUAGUUUCAAUAAAAUAUAUAUAUUUUUUUAA